AUGGUAUCAUCGAAGGGAAAGCCAACCGACCCUAAGCUCAGGGAGGAGGCGAAAGAAGAUGUAAAGCAGAUGCCGAACAAAGAUGGAGGUGGAAAAGGCCAGAUGGCCGCAUGGAAGGCUGGAAAGAUCUCCGAAGAAUACGAAAAGCGGGGCGGUGGCUAUGAGAAUGAGGCAGGAUCUGCAAACGAGCCUACGAAGGGUGCGCCCAAGCCAAAGUCAGAUGAAAAAAAGGCCAAGGAAGUGAAGGACUCAGGCGCGGGAGAUCAAAAAGACGACAAGCCCAAGGCUAACAGCGGCAAGAAGGCGACUGGUAAGAAGACUGAUGGCAAGCCUAAGGCGCCUAAGAAGGAGAAAAAAGCGCCCGCUGAAGGUACUCGCAAGAGCGGACGCUUGAGCAACAAACGUAGCGCUCCAGCGGACGAAGGCAAGCCGGCAGCGAAGAAAGCGAAGAAUGGCAAAUAG